AUUCAAACAGCCCUGGCGCUUACCGGAUAGCCAGCGGCCGGCGUCUGUGUUGUGCGGCAGAGUUAGCGUCACGGACCUGGGCUCCCUGAGCUGCAGCAGCAGGGCAAAGGUAGAUAGGAAAAAAUCAUGGAGGCAGAUAUAAUAGCAGAUCUUCGAUGCAAGCUCAAAGAGGUUGAAGAAGAGCGACUAAAAGCUGCACAGUAUGGUUUACAACUAGUGGAGAGCCAAAGUGAACUGCAGGAUCAAUUGGAUAAAUGCCGUAAUGAAAUGAUGACCGUGACUGAGAAUUAUGAACAAGAAAAAUAUACUCUUCAGAGAGAAGUUGAGCUCAAGAGUCGGAUGUUAGAAAGUCUGAGCUCUGAAUGUGAAGCUAUCAAACAACAACAAAAAAUGCAGCUGGAGAAAUUAGAAGAACAGCUGAGCAGAAGCCAUGGACAGGAAGUGAAUGAACUGAAAAAUAAGUUAGAAAAACUGAAAGCUGAAUUAGAUGAAGCUAGGCUUAGUGAAAAGCAGCUGAAGCACAAAGUGGAUCAUCAGAAGGAACUCCUCUCUUGUAAAUCGGAGGAAAUGCGAAUAAUGUCUGAACGUGUACACGAAAGCAUGUCUUCAGAGAUGCUUGCUCUUCAGAUUGAGCUGACUGAAGUGGAAAGCAUGAAGACCACCCUCCAAGAAGAAGUGAAUGAGCUACAGUACAGACAAGAACAACUAGAGCUUCUCAGUACUAAUCUGAUGCGCCAGGUAGACCGGCUUAAAGAAGAAAAAGAGGAGCGAGAGAAAGAAGCAGUUUCUUACUAUAAUGCCUUAGAGAAAGCUCGUGUAGCAAAUCAGGAUCUUCAGGUGCAGUUAGACCAGGCACUUCAGCAAGCCUUGGACCCUAACAGUAAAGGCAACUCCUUGUUUGCAGAGGUGGAGGAUCGAAGGGCAGCAAUGGAACGUCAGCUUAUCAGCAUGAAAGUCAAGUACCAGUCACUAAAGAAGCAAAAUGCAUUUAAUAGGGAGCAGAUGCAAAGAAUGAAGUUACAAAUUGCCACACUACUACAAAUGAAAGGGUCUCAAACUGAAUUUGAACAACAGGAACGGUUGCUUGCCAUGUUGGAGCAGAAGAAUGGUGAAAUUAAACAUCUUUUAGGUGAAAUUAGAAAUCUGGAGAAAUUUAAGAGUUUAUAUGAAAGUAUGGAAUCUAAGCCUUCAGCCAACUCUGGUGCUCUGGAAGAUGACACCUAUUACACAGAUUUACUUCAGAUAAAGCUUGACAACUUAAACAAAGAAAAUGAAAGCACUAAAGGUGAAUUGUCCAUCCAGAGAAUGAAAGCAUUAUUUGAGAGCCAGCGGGCUCUGGAUAUUGAGCGAAAACUUUUUGCAAAUGAAAGGUGCCUCCAGCUUUCCCAAAGUGAAAAUAUGAAAUUGAGAGCUAAACUAGAUGAGUUAAAACUGAAGUAUGAGCCUGAAGAGAAAAUCGAAGUACCUGUACUCAAAAAGAGGCGUGAGGUACUGCCUGUAGAUACAGCCACCCCUACCGACGUGUGUGCCAACAGUGCCGCUGGAGAAGUUUAUAGAUUACCACCUCAGAAAGAGGAGGCACACUCCUGUCCUAGCAAUUUAGAAGAUAACAACUUGCAGUUAGAAAAGACAGUUUCUGUAAACACAGCAGGAGUCAUUCUCUCUCCUCACAAAAACCUGCCUGUGGAUAUUCAGCCAAGGAAGGAAAAGAAAUGUGUGAAACUUAUAGAAGUUCCAGCUGACUUGGAAAUCUUAAGUGAAAGAAGUGGAAACACCCCGAACUCUCCCAGGUCAGUGUCCUCUUUCCUCCCAGGCAACGAGCAGACCUCUCCAUCUCUUCUCUAUCGCUGCAUGAACUGUGCUAUCUGUUUCUGUAUCUAUUUUCUCAGUAUUGCAUGCAGUAUAAUUCCCCAAUUUCAUCUGCCUACCUUCCGAUUUUCUAAAACUUUAAGAAAGACUAAAAUGAUUGCAAGGGGAAAGGACGCCUGAAUAAGGGAAUUAUUUUUAAAAGGAGCACUUUUCUGUGUCAUGAGGCAGAAAUACCACAGUCUAUAAUAUCUCUGAAUGUUCUGUUGGUUUGAAUUAAAUGUACUGUUAUUUUUUUCCUGGUUCAGGAGGGGCCUUGAGAGGAAAGUUAACGUAGCUCCUAAAAGGGCUUUCCAUUACUCUAAGAAAUUUCAGCCUUCCAGAAAACUUGUUAGGUGUGAUUUAUUAUGGCUUUGAAAUUGUUUAUCCUAAGCCUUCAAGAAUGGGAUUUAGUACCUAUUUUGACAUUUUUAAAUAUCAAAGGUAAUUCAUUUUCCAUUUAUACCCAAACUUCAAAGCCUCUAGUUUUCUGCAUAUUUAAGUUUGUGACUGAAAGAGGAAGUGUUAGACUGUAUGUCUAUAAGAAUUAAUGUUAUAAGGGCCUUAUCCCUUAAAAAUUAAAAUAAUAGAGACCAGAAGGUAAGAGAAAGUGAGUGGAAGGGAAAAGUAGGUACAGUGGCUGAGGUUAGGGUGGAAUUAGAAACACGUUCUUGAUGUGUAUAGCAGGACCAAGAGUGAGCAAAAAAGAAGUGAAUGAGGAAAAUGGAGAAGGUACAAAAAAGAUGAAGGAUAUCUUUAUGCAAUGGAAUGACAGAUGUAAUUAAAAUAAAUAGACAUGGAAAAAAUUAAGCAUAUUGAUGUGAGAAUAGUUAGCUUAUAUUGUCUGCUACGAAAGGAGAUGUUCAAGGUGCUACAUCAGUCUUAGAUGGCAGGGUACAGAAUAAGACAUUUUACUACUAUUUCAUUUUAAUUGAAAUAGUAAGACAUAAUCACCUUAUGUAAAAGGGCUUUCUUGUAUGUUUUAUGUGAUUUCUUUUCAAGUCUUCAGUGGUACUAAAUGUAGUAUUCAACAAUGAAAGCACUUCAACAAUGUUAGCAGCUAUCAUUAACAGAAGUAAAUUAUUUUUCCAUCCCUUGAAUUUUUAUAUAUAACAUUAUAACCUAUAAGUCACAUAAAGUAAAAGCUUGACAUUCUCAAGGAAAAAAAGUAACUUUAAAUGAAUAAUAUCCUUCUCUCCCUCUCUCUGACACACACACACACACACGCACGCACGCACGCACGCACACACACACACUUUUCAAAUAGUUCUGAAUUGAAUUCAGCAGGUUAUGCUUGUAUAUAUGUGACCCGGUGUGUAAGUGUGCUUGACCAUUGUAUAUUUCUGGAGGUGGAUUUCCAGAAUUGAUCAGUGCAAACUAUGCUAUCUGUGUUGUCUUUAUCUCUUUUUCUGCCGUUUUUUUUGCUUGAUAAAAAUUACUUAACCAAAUGUAUUUAGCUACUUGUUUAACUCAAGCAGCACAUUGGAAUUUUUUUGUCUUGCUAGUUAACAAAAACAAAUAAAAUACCACAAAAUGUUUGUUUUUGUGUGUGUGUGAGUCCAUCUGCUAACUUUCCAACCUUUUGCUCUCUGCAUGA